AUGCCUCCCGCAGCCACAGACGACGGAGCAGAUAGGCCCCUGUUGGCCGAUGCAUGGGGUCAAGAUGGCACGUACGGGACUGAGGAGCCUGUAGCCGCUGCGCAAUCCGCUGCCGGCGCUGUGCCGAGGGAGGAGCAGGGAAGGGGCUUCGCUAGGAACCUCGGCGCGCUGGAUGCGUUUGCCAUCAUCAUCAGCAUCGUCAUCGGCAGCGGCAUCUUCACGUCGCCUGGCUCGAUCGACACAAAUGUGCCCUCGCCCGGGAUCGCGCUGGUCGUGUGGCUGGUCGGCGGCGUCCUGGCCUGGACGGGCGCGAGCACCAUGGCCGAGCUGGGGACGGCCAUCCCGGGCGAGGGUGGUGUGCAGCCUUACCUGAAAUAUAUCUACGGUGAUAUUUUUGGCCAUAUCGCCGCUUGGACAUGGGUCGUCGCCAUCAUGCCUGCCACCCUGGCCAUCCUGAGCAUCGUCUUCGUGGAGAGCAUCUUCUCUGCUGCCGGCGUGACAGACCAGGCAGCCAGCGUCCUGCACAAGCUGCUAUCCGUCCUCAUCAUGGUAGUCAUGAACCUGGCUAAUUCGAUCAGCACCAAGGCCAGCACUCGGCUGAACAACUUCUUCGUCACCACCAAAUUCGUCAGCAUCUUUGCUGUCGUGCUCGCCGGCCUCGUCGUCCUCAUCAUCCAGCUGGCCCACCCCGACAGCAAGGUGGGAGGCGGCGACUGGAUCAAGAGGAACUGGUUUGCCGACCGAGAUACCGUGUCCCCGGAUGGCAGCGUCACCCACUGGCCCGAUGUUAGCACGUGGGAGCUUCUCGGCCACUUCUCCGCCGCGCUCUACGGCGCCCUCUGGGCCUACUCUGGCUGGGAGAAGGGCAUCUACGUCUCCGCGGAGCUGUCCAACCCGGUCAAGCAGCUGCCUCUCGCGAUCAACACCGCCAUUCCCACCAUCAUCGCCUGCUUCCUUGCGACCAAUGCUGCGUACUACAUCCUGCUGCCGUGGGAUGUAGUGUCGACAACAGACAGCGUUGCCGUGACAGCCAUCACUCGCCUCCUCGGACGGGGUUUCGGCAUCGUAGCAGCAAUCCUCAUCUGCCUCGUCGUGGCCGGCUCCUUACUAGGCAACUCCUUCGUCGCUGGCCGCAUGGCUGUGGCAGCAGCGAAUGCAGACUGGCUGCCGGAGUUUUUCGCCACGCUCGGCCGCGUAGGCAGGAAUCCGUCCCAGGGAGAGGAAGACAGCGACGCCGACGCACCAAAGUCCGACGCGCCGCUGAACGCUAUCAUCCUGAACACCAUACUCUCCGCCCUCUUCAUCUUCCUCGGCGACUUCCGCUCGCUGCUCACGUUCAACGGCCUGGGCGAGUAUACCUUCUUCUUCCUGACCGUGCUCGGCGCCGUCAUCCUGCGCUUCCGCGAGCCGGGCCUCAAGAGGCCGUACAAGCCGCUGCUGGUCAUCCCUGUCAUCUUCACCUUGGUCAGCGGCUUCGUGCUCGUGCGGGGCGCCGUCUUUGCGCCUGUGCCUGCCAUCGUGCUUGUUGUGGUGUGGGUUCUUGGCACUCUGUUCUAUGUGGUGCGGAGGAAGCAGGCAGCGAGGUCGCGGCAGGAUUGA